UAUAUCUUGUCCGAAGAAUGGUAUACUCCAAAAAGAAGUAGUAAAUGUUUAUAUACUCAGAAAAAACACGAAUGUCCCUUAGAAAACAGUAAUGAAAUAAUAAAUUAAAAAAAAAAGAAAUAAACCCAUUAGAUAAGGCUUUAUUUGGAUUCAGAGCGGUCACCUUCAGGCCAUAAAAUAAUUAACUUCAGACCGACUGACGCCCACACUAUGGAGCAUAUAGUAAAAUACUACAACAGAGCGUCGUUGCCAGAUUCAAAGUUUCUCCCAAAGGCUGAUUUAAAAAUGACGAAAUUUAUAAAUAUUUCAAGUAUGUUUUUCUUGUAAUGUUGAAAGUACUAAAUAAAGCUAUAUAUCAAAAUUUUCAAAAGUAAUAAGCUAAUUAUAUUAUUAUUUUCUUAAGAUUUUCCCUAAGUCUACGUAUACAAAAAUCAAAAUAAACAACUGUGGUGAUAGACUUGGCAACGUAAACUGUUGCCAACUUAACGGUUUUCCCGCUAUAUCUAGCGGUUUAUUUUUCAGUUUAGCGGGAAAGAUAUUAUUUAGCGCUCGAUUUAGCGGCUAGCGGUUUUUUAGCGGUAUACAUUUCUGAUUAAAAUUUAAAUAAAAUUGACACAACAUUAUUACAUAUCUCAAUUCUAAGAAACAAUUUUUUUUUCAAAAUUUGCCUCAAUAUGUCGCAUUAUAAUCGUAUAUUCAUAUAGUACCUAGGACAAGAAUAUUAGAAGUCAUGUUAAAUUCGCCUUAUUUGGUAAUGAAAGCCCUAAUAAAAGGUUCAAAAUUAGACAAAAAGAAUAAUUUCAGGUUCAAUAUCACCCCUAGCGGAUUCUAGCGGUUUUUAAUAUACAAAUCUAGCGGGUAUUUACCUUCCAGAGUUGGCAACCUUGGUAACGUAGCAUUAUAUGAGGGCGUUCGUAUAAAAUAUCAACAGUCAACAGUUCCCCUGUGGAUGCCCUGUGGUAUAGACGUGGUAUAGAGAGUCUAUUGUAUAUUUUUAGUAUAGACAGUCUAUAGUAUAAGUGUAUUUAGUGUUUUGAAUUUAAACGAACUUUACAACGAUGGCAUACCAUACUCAGGGUUUAACAGUAUCCCAGAUAUUGAAAAGAAAGGCGGAAUUUGACGAUGAACCUAAAAAGAAAUCAAGGGAAGAUUGGAGGAAAGCUAAAGAACUAGAAGAAGCACGAAAAGCUGGUACUGCACCAGCAGCUGUUGAUGAAGAAGGAAAGGAUAUUAAUCCUCAUAUACCUCAAUAUAUUUCGAAUGCGCCAUGGUAUUAUGGGACCAGUGGCCCCACCUUAAGACAUCAAAGGCCUCAAGAUGAUAAACAACAAGAGUACUCUGCUAUAGACGAAUGGUAUAAAAGAGGACUUAACAGAACUAAAAUCGUUACCAAAUACAGAAAAGGAGCUUGCGAAAAUUGUGGCGCUAUGACCCACAAAAAGAAGGAUUGCAUGGAUCGACCGAGGAAAGUCGGAGCCAAGUACUCUAACACAGAUAUUUUACCUGAUGAGUUUGUACAGAAGAAUUUAUCAUUGAGUUUCGACGGUAAAAGAGACAGAUGGAGUGGUUACAAUCCACUAGAGCACAUAUCAGUGAUAGAGGAAUUCCAGAAAGUAGAGGACGCAAAGAGGCAACUGAAAGCUGAAAAAUUAGAUGCACAAAAUUCUGAUAAUGAUGAAGAUGAAGACAAAUAUGUUGAUGAAGUAGAUAUGCCUGGUACAAAAGUAGAUAGCAAACAAAGAAUUACUGUAAGGAAUUUACGUAUUCGUGAAGAUACAGCAAAAUAUUUAAGAAAUUUAGAUCCGAAUUCUGCAUAUUAUGAUCCGAAAACUAGAUCUAUGAGGGAAAAUCCAAAUCCAGGAAAAGAUGAUACAUACAAAGGAGAAAACUUUGUAAGAUUUAGUGGUGCUACAAAAUCACAUGCAACAGCUCAACUUUUUGCUUGGGAAGCCUACGAGAAGGGUGUGGACGUUCAUCUCUUGGCCGAGCCUACAAAAUUGGAACUGCUACAAAAGGAAUAUGACAAAAAGAAGGAACAGUUCAAAACCAAAGUUCAGUCUAAUAUUUUAGAAAAAUAUGGAGGAGAAGAACAUUUGGAAGCUCCGCCAAAAACUUUAUUGCUUGCCCAAACAGAAGAUUAUGUUGAAUAUUCAAGAUCAGGAAAAAUUAUGAAGGGACAAGAAAAAGAGGAGAUACGUUCCAAAUAUGAGGAAGAUAUUUAUAUUAACAAUCAUACAAGUGUUUGGGGUUCAUACUGGAAAAGUGGUCAGUGGAGUUAUAAAUGCUGUCAUUCUUUUAUCAAGAAUUCAUAUUGUUUGGGUGAAUCUGGAAAAAGUACUAACAAUGACACAGAAUUAAACAAUAGUUCUGAUGUUAAUAUUUACCAAAGUGAAGAUAUUAAUAACACAUCGGAAACUACACAAGAAAGUGAAUUGACUUGUGAUAAAAAAUCAGAUGAUUCCAGUGAAGAUGAUAUCAGAACAAAGUCUGAAAAAAAGAAGAAAAAUAAGCACAAAGAGAAAAAAGCCGAAAAAGACAAAUUAUCAGAGGCUUUAAAAGCUGAAGAACAGUAUCAAAAGCAAGCCGAUUAUUUGUUGUCGUUGGAUGAAAGAAAGCGACCUUACAACAGUAUGUUUGAAGCAAAGAAACCUACGGAAGAAGAAAUUGAAGCAUAUUACCUAAAAAGAAAACGAGAGGAGGAUCCAAUGAGUCAGUUUUUAUAAUGUAACAUGGGUAUUUAUUAUGUAAUG